AUGGGGGGCAUGGCCGCCCAGAUUCCCAUCAAGAACGACCCCGCGGCCAACCAGGCCGCGCUCGCAAAGGUGCGCGCGGACAAGCUGCGGGAGGUCAAGGCGGGCCACGACGGGACCUGGGUGGCACACCCAGAGCUCGUCAAGGUGGCCCUGGAGAUCUUCAACACCCACAUGCCGCAGCCCAACCAGCUGUACGUGCGCCGCGAGGACGUCAGGGUGACGGCGGCCGACCUGCUGUCUACGCGCGGCCUGGCCCAGGGGUUCAGGGAGAGCGACAUCCGCCUCAACAUGAAUAUUGCCCUCGCCUACAUGGAGUCCUGGCUCAGGGGCGUCGGGUGCGUGCCCAUCCACAACCUGAUGGAGGACGCGGCCACGGCCGAGAUCAGCCGCAGCCAGCUGUGGCAGUGGGUGCGCCACGGGGCGCGCACGCUGGAGGGGCGGGAGGUGACCGCGGAGUGGGCGGUGGCGCUGCUCAACGAGGAGACCGAGAAGUUCAGGGCCCAGCUGGGUGACUCCAAGUUCCACGCCUCAAAGUUCGACCUGGCUCGGAAGCUGCUGGCCGGCACCAUACAGGGCAAGGAGUACUCUGAUUUUCUCACCACCCUCUGCUACGUGGUGGCAAGCAGCAAGCGGCGGCAGCAGCAGCAGCAGGAGCAGGGGCAGCAGCAGCAGCAGCAGCAGCAGCAGCAGCAGCAGCAGCAGCAGCAGCAGCAGCAGCAAGCGUCGAACUCGAUCCUGGACAUCCAGAGCCCCGGCAUCACCAGCCGCAUGUGA